UAUGGAGCGUUGGCAGGGCAAAGUUGCUAUGGUAACUGGUGCGAGCAGUGGCAUCGGUGCUGCUUGUGCCAAGGCUUUGGUGUGUGCUGGUUUUGUUGUUGUUGGUUUGGCACGCCGUCAGGAUCGCAUUGCACAACUGCAACAGGAAUUGCCGACGCGUUUUCGUUCCAAUCUGCACGCCUACAAAUGCGAUGUAACGCAGGAGGAGAAUGUGCUCGAUGCUUUCAAGUGGACGCAGCAGCGGUUGGGCGCCGGUGUGGAUGUGCUGGUGAAUAAUGCUGGCAUUAUAGCGACCACCGAAUUGAGUGAGCGCCAGAAUACGAAUGAAAUACGCAAUACCAUCGAUACGAAUCUGAUGGGUACAGUUUUUUGUACACGUGAAGCUUUCAAUUCGAUGCGUGAACGCGAUGUUGAAGGUCAUAUACUAAUCAUUAACAGUGUUGCCGGUUUGCAAGUGCCCAAUUUGGGGCCGAAUUUGCCAUCGCUCAAUAUAUAUCCCGCAACAAAGUUCGCUUUACGGGCUAUGAACGAAAUUUAUCGACAAGAAUUCCAACGACACAAGACUCGUGUGCGAAUAACGACUAUCAGUCCAGGCAUUGUCGAUACCGACAUACUACCCACUUCUAUUCGUACUGUUGUCAAGGAUAUGCUACCGAGUCUAACGUCGGCAGAUGUGGCUGAUGCUGUGUUAUGGGCCAUUAGCACACCACCAAAUGUACAGGUUCAAAACAUUACCAUAAAACCCAUGGGCGAAAAAUUUUAAUACCUUAUUUCGAAUAAAUUUAUCUCGUCGAAUUUGUUUUUAUUCAAAUGUAUGGAAAUAGUUUAUAUGGAAAAUAUACAUACAUUUGUGAAAUAAUA